AUGUCACGUAUUUUAUCUUCUUUGUUUAAUACAGUUGAAGUUGACACAGAAGAAAUAGAUUUUACAAAUGAGGCAACCAUAAAGUUUCCAGAGAGUAAAGAAACAUUUGAAAUUAAUUAUAAUGAACAAAAUGGGACAUGGUCAUUAGAAAUUGUGAAAUCUAGUUAUCAUGUUAAUACAGGUGAAUUUGAUAAUUUUGAAACAUCUAAUUCAGCUUCAUCUGAUGAUAGUAGUAGUAAUGAUAGUUCAUCUGAAAAUGGUAAUGACAAGGAUGAUUCAGAUUCUGGGGAAUCAACAUUGAAUCCUGAAUUUGUUGAACUCACAUCAAUGAUGAAAACUUCAUUGAAUCAAGAAAACAGAAUCAAUAACUUAAAUUGUACUAAGAUAAAAAUAAAUAACAAGUUGAAUGUUGCAGCAAAUCAUAAUUCAUGUCCUAUGUCAUUAGAACAAUUUUUGGGUGGUGGAGAAAAAGAAGAAAAUGAUGAUGAAAAUGGUUCCUCAUCAUAA